CCGAGGGUCGCGACGGCACUUGUACUCGGCGGCCUUGAUCCAGCAAUUGCGAUGGGCAAAAAGAAGUCGAGAAAUGGACAGGCAAAGAAGGUCGACCAGACUGUCAAUGAUACACCAGACCGCGAGGAAUCCGUAACACCGGAAGACGCGGGAUCAGGAGAUUCACCCGCCGAAACACCGACAGCAGAGGACAAGGAAGUGGAAGCAGAGCAGGGUACGCCAUUAGCUGGGGCGAUAGCUGAAGCGCCAGGUGCUUUUCCAAGUGAGGAGCACGAAGAACCUGCGGAAGCGGAUGAAGUUGCGGAUGUGGAGAUCACUGGUGAGGAGGACAACCACAAGGAAAAUAUCGAUGAUCAGUCCGUUUCGAACGACGCCCCUUUCCCGAACGAACAAGAGAGCGACAAUGCGGAAGCGAAGACAUCGGCACCAACGUCAGUGUCCGAAGCAGAAGUAAACAAGGCGCCUGCAGAGGACGAUCAACCCGAAGAACCAUCAGCCGACAAACAUGAAGCGAACCCCGAAACUGAUGACGAUACAGAGGAUCCGGAGACCAAAAUCGCCACCGCGAAACCAAGUAUGGAUCUGAGAGUUGCUACGGAAAUGGCCGAGGAUGACACUCAAGCUAGAGACGAGGGGGAAACCAGGUCGACUCGACCUUCGAAUAUCGCCAUACCACCACCAAUGAUCCGUGAAUCGUCACAGUCAACUAUUAAGAAGAUCAGCAUCAACCAGGACGACCUCUCACCACGCGCGCCUCUCUCGGCUGCAACAGGCGAUAUAUCUCCUUCCGCAGAUGUAGCCACGCCGACAGUCGAACAUCCCUCGGAGCUCCCCUCGUUCGGCAAGCUUAGUAUCUCUACAAGACACUCACCCACCUCGCCGCGAUUCAACCGACGACCAUCUAUCGCCGAUCGGAGACGGUCCUCGAGUAUCUCUGCAGCAUCAGCCGCAUCCACAGCAUCAUCACGAGCUAGGUCCGAAUCGUUGGCCUCGGUAAAGAGUGUGCUGAGUGAGGAGUUGGACGAGUUUGAUGAGUUUGCGGAGGCAGGAGAAGGUGAUGACGAUUUCGGGGAUUUCGAGGCUGGAGAAGCAUUUGAUACUUUUGUUGCUCCGGCGGAGCCUCAGGUGCCGUCUAUCUACAUACCUAAUCUGACCGAUCAAGCGGAUGCAAACGCGGUGCAAAAGGAGAUAGCACCACUACUGGAUCUCAUAUCACCACGACCUCCUACAGAAGUACCACCUCCACCUCCGCUUCCAUCAGCACCUUCAAAUGAUGCCCCGCUACUCCUGACUGAGAGAAGUCUAUCCCUAUGGAAGCAGUUAACUGCUCCACCUCCAUUACAACCACCAGAUUGGAAGCGGUCACGGAUAAAGAGGUUGUUUUUGGUAUCACUCGGUGUGCCAGUUGAUUUGGACGAGAUUCUACCCCAAGAGACGAAAUUGAAGAAGCUCGUUUUGCCAUCACUGAGGUCGAAUGCCGUGGAUGGCUCAAAGGAUAGAACAGGUUCACAAUCAGAGGGAAAUGGAGCUGCGAACUUUGAUGUCCAGGCGGCAAGACAACUGGCGGCUACUUCAAGUGCUGCAGUGGAGAAUAUGUCAGAAGAUGAACUUAGAGCACACGUGAAGCGAUUGGAGGCUGUUGCACAGGAAGCGAACGAGGUCAUCACGCAGUGGCUGGCAAAGAGGGAGGCGGUCAUGAGCGACAAGGAGACGUUCGAAGCUGUCAUCGAGAAUCUCGUGGGGCACGCACAAAGGACGCGGAGGAACCGAGCGAGCAUCUUGGGUGCAUUCAGGAGCGGGACACCACCAACGAAGAAGAAGUCAAAGUAAGACUAUCUAUCCCAAAAUAUCUAUCACGUCCUCUGUCGUGCAACAAAUGUCCAAUGUCCUUACU